UCAGUCCAGUUCUAACUCUCGUUUUGAAAGCAAGACCGUGAGCCUGUAGAAUCAAAAUAUGAGUGACAAGGACAAGCUCAUUUUGGACGAGCCCGUAGAGAAAGGAGAAAGAUCCUUCUCAAAGAAAAAUGGGAAGAAAUACUUUCAACUUCCCUGGUACUCUGCCGGUGGCAUUGUCCUGUUCUGGGGCCUGCUUUUUGUUGCAGUAGUGAAGCCCCUCUUCUACCGCUUGCCCGAACCCCUAACAGUCGAGGAUGUCUCAAAAGGUGUCUUCAUCGCCGAACGUGCCCAGGCCAAUCUGUAUGAUUUCGAAGCCAUCGGUACCAAAGUGGUCGGCAGCUAUGAAAACGAGUAUAAGACGGUGGAGUUUCUGCUGAAGGAAUUAAAUCUCAUUAAGGAAAACAUCCAGACGGACUAUUUUGACAUGGAAAUUGACGUGCAACGCGCCUACGGUGCUUAUGUUAAAUGGAAUCUGGUUAACAUGUACCAGGGCAUUCAGAACGUCGUUGUUAAGAUCACUCCAAAGGGGAGUAGCAGUGAAAAUUACAUCCUGGUAAACAGUCACUUCGAUUCCGUGUCUACUAGUCCCUCCACUGGUGACGAUGGCCAUAUGGUCGUCUCUAUUCUGGAGGUGCUGCGAGUGAUAACGUCGUCGAGGGAGACCUUUGAACACCCCAUUAUCUUCUUGAUCAAUGGAUCCGAGGAGAAUUCAAUGCAGGCAUCUCACGGUUUCAUUGCCCACCACAAAUGGGCCAAGAACUGCAAGGUUGUCAUUAAUCUGGAUGCAGCUGGCAGCGGAGGCCGCGAAAUUAUGUUCCAGACUGGACCGAAUUACCCAUGGCUGGUCAAUAUAUAUAAGCUAGGUGCCAAGCAUUACUUUUCCACCACCAUGGCCGAGGAAAUCUUUCAAACUGGCCUUGUGCCCUCCUACACUGAUUUCGAUAUUUUCGUAGAAUAUGGAAACCUCAUUGGGUUAGAUAUUGGCCAGUGCAUCAAUGGAUUCGUCUACCACACCAAGUACGAUCGCUUCGAUGUGAUUCCCCGAGCUUCUCUUCAGAACACAGGAGACAACCUUCUCGGCUUGGUUCGAACCCUGUCCAAUGCCACCGAGCUGCGUAAUCUAAGCGAUAAUGCAGUAGGUAACACCAUUUUCUUUGACGUCCUGGGAUUGCAGCUAAUUAGCUAUUCAGCCGAGACUGGUGUGAAGCUAAACUAUGCCUUGGCUGCAGCUACCAUUAUCCUGGUCUAUAUAUCCUUGCUGCGCAUAGCAGAUAAGUCGAGUGUCAGCUCCGAAAAGGUUCUGGGUUCUUUCGUUUUGGUUCUCGUGGUUCAGGUUAUCGCCUUUGUUUUGAGUUUGGCUCUGCCUCUUUUGGUAGCAUAUGGCUUGGACAAAUACGGGCUCUCACUCAGCUAUUACGCCACACCAUCGCUCCUGAUCGGCCUGUAUGUGUGUCCUUGUCUCCUUGGACUGGCUCUGCCCAGUUUCAUUUAUCUGAAGCUGAACAAGAAUGAUAAGAUAUCCUUUGCCCAACAAGUUCAGCUGGCACUCCAUGGACACGCCGCUGUUCUUGCCAUCCUUUGCAUUGCUGUCAAUUAUUAUGGAGUGCGUACCACCUACGUCAUCACUUGGACUCUAGUUUUCUAUGUCAUUCCCUUGGCUUUCAAUCUUCUAACCACUCUGCACGAUCGAGGCUUUUCGUGGACGGCAAUCCUUAAAAUUGUCCAGGUCGCCCCGUUCCUCUACAACAGUUACCUCUUCUACUGCUUCAUCGUGAUACUCACUCCGAUGAUGGGCCGCUUUGGACUGAACACUAACCCGGACUUAAUCAUUGGGGCUUUGACUGCUCUAGGAACUAUAUUAUCCAUGGGAUUUUUGAUUUUACUGAUUAAUAUGUCCCGCCGUUCCGGAUUUAUUCUCUUGGGUUUGUUGGCAGUGUCCGCUGCUUCUGUGUAUAUUGCCAGUUCUACUGAAAUUGGAUUCCCAUACCGCGCCAGGACCAACGUACAGCGAGUCCAAUACUUGCAAGUUCGCCGCGUCUUCUACGAGUACGACGGAACCCUGAGCAAAGAUGAGUCCGGAUACCUUUUCGAUUUCCAGGAUCGUCGCGGCGUUGCUCCGUUGCUGGACUCCAAUGUCGAUUUAACUGGCCUGGUCAACAUGACAUCCGAUUGUGCCAAGUACAUGAUGUGCGGAAUGCCAUUGUAUGAUCACCGAUGGGUGGAGUCCAAGGAAGAUGGCAUGUGGCUGCCACGAAAGAAUCCUGUUUGGACACCAUCAGAACCGACGCUCGAGCUGCUCAACAAAACGGUGCUGGCCGAUGGCAAGACGGUUCGAUUCGAGUUCAAUCUGAAUUGUACAGAUCAUACCAGCAUUUUCAUCCAGCCCAACGAGGAUGUGACCGUCGGCAACUGGUCGUUUAUCGAGGACUACCUAACCACCAUCUCCCCGCCUUAUCAUAUAUAUUUCGCUUACGGCAUAGAUGACUCUCCAUUGAAUUUCUUCCUGGAUAUUACGAAAUCCGAUGCCGACUUUAAUGUCCCACUUUUCCAACUGGGAGUUUCAGCGCAGUACAUGCACGUCGAUGGCGAUGACGAGGCCGUCCAUUUUGCUAAUACUUUCCCCGAGUAUGCAGUAACAAUUACGUGGCCAGCUUUCUAUAAGAAAUAUGAAUUCUAA